CACAACCAAUUUCAUUACUUCUCCAUUCUUUCUCAAAUUCUACCCUUUUGAUCAAUUUAAAUCUGCUAACAACAUCUCUUUGACUACAGUUUCUGUCUAUUUCUUAUCAUCACCUGCUCAUUAGUUCCUGACUGUGCUUUCUCUCUCUCUCUCUCUCUGUUUAACUCCUCUUUAUCAUUCUGGUUCCAAGUAAUGAUGGAUAAGCGUCCCCGCAAGCAAGCCAAAACCAGAAGCACAACCUCUGAAGAAGUGAGUAGCAUCGAAUGGGAAUUCAUCAAGAUGACAGAACAAGAAGAAGAUCUUAUAUACAGAAUGCAUAGGCUGGUUGGAGACAAGUGGGAUUUGAUAGCGGGACGGAUACCGGGCCGUAAAGCAGAAGAAAUAGAGAGGUUUUGGAUAAUGAGACAUGGUGAAGUUUUUGCUGAGAAAAGAAAUGAACACCAAGCCAACAACUCCUGAAGCUGGUGCUUUCCCGUUAAUUUUUUUUUCGAAACGGGGAGGGUGAUUCGAACCCUAGUC